CCGGUCACUCUAAUUUCAUUUGGUGGGGGCAUUAAUGCAACUUUUGCUCUACCUGCGAAAGACAGUGUCUUUCUUUCUCUUAAUCCAUUUUUGUCAGUCCUCAAUUAUAUGUUCGUUCUCUUUUAACAAAUUCGAUUUUCUUAUUUAGAUCCAAAUUAUACAACGCAAGAACCGGCGCCAGAUUCUUGGGUUUUUCUUUCUUGGCUUUUUAAGAAAAAGAUGUAAUUUGCGGUAUUUCAAGUUCUGGGUUUUCGACAUUUUACUUUGAAUCAGUGUUUUUCUUUUUUAAUUUCUAAAAAAUCCCCUUCCAAAUCUUUUCCUUUUCAUGGUUUUCUUCAAAUGGGCGUUAACUUUUCAAGGUGCUUUAGCCAGUAAUCGUAAACGCGGUGGUAGUAAACGUUGCAAUCCCCAUUUUAAUCACAAAAACAAAACCCUACAUUCAAAUUCCCUAGUUUUUCAACGUUUUAAAAAACUCAGAUUUUCUUCAAUGGAUCAAAGCCCAGAAAAAGCUAGUUCGUCAUUGAACGACACCGUUUCGAGACUCCCUCGUCACCCGGAUUCCAAACUUCAUGUUCCUAAAGAAGUUCAAGCCCCUGUUAAACACCUUAAAUUUGGGUUAUCAAUUCCAAAUCCAAAUCCAAAUCAUGAUUUUUUGAGUAAAAAAUUAAGUAAUGCAAAAAAGGAAGCUUUUGGUUCUUUUAAGUAUAUUAAUAAGGAUAAAGAAGUGGUUACCGUGGAGGAAGAUGAUGAAGAUAGUGGGAGCUGGUUAAUGGCGGAUGCGCUCGACAAGUUGUCAUUGAACCAUUCUGAUAACGGUUCGAAAGCUUAUAAUAAGUUGCUAAAGAGUGCUGAAAGGAGAACUAACAAGCUGAAAGAUUCGGGUCCUCAAGUUAAGGUGGUAACCCAUGAACUGUUUGUCCCUCUUACAAAGGACGAAUUAGCAGAGGUUUCCCAUGCUUUUUCUGCUGAAAACAAGAAGAAGAUACUGGUCUCUCAUGAGAAUUCAAGUAUAGAUAUUCGAGGCGAAGUUUUGCAAUGCUUGAAACCAGGUUCAUGGUUGAAUGACGAGGUCAUUAAUCUCUAUCUUGAAUUACUUAAAGAAAGGGAAAAUAGAGAACCAAAGAAGUUUUUGAAAUGUCAUUUCUUCAACACCUUCUUUUAUAAGAAGUUAGUGAGUUCCGAGGGUGGCUGUAAUUAUAAAGCUGUCAAAAGAUGGACUUCACAAAGAAAGUUGGGGUACUGCUUGUUUGAUUGUGAUAAAAUAUUUGUACCGAUACACAAAGAUAUACAUUGGUGUUUGGCUGUUAUCAAUAAGAAAGAUCGAAAGUUCCAGUAUCUUGAUUCACUAAGAGGAAGAGACGGUAAAGUGCUGAACACAUUGGCAAAUUACUUUGUUGAAGAAGUGAGGGACAAGAGUAGACAGGACAUCGAUAUAAGUUCUUGGGAACGAGAACAUGUUGAAGACCUUCCCGCACAAAAGAACGGGUUUGACUGCGGUAUGUUUAUGUUGAAAUAUAUCGACUUUUACAGCAGAGGCUUAAGUCUUAGUUUCGGUCAGGAACACAUGCGCUAUUUUCGUUCAAGGACAGCCAAGGAAAUUCUGAGAUUGAGAGCCGAUUGAUUGGAAACACGAACACGCCGCGACAUUGAAGAUGUAUAGGUACAGUUUAUUUGCCUGGUUUUUUGGCUGGUUAGGACGCCUUUACUAGGAGUUGGGGAUGGUGCGCUCGACUUUGCUUCCGAUCAGAUUAUUGGUAUAAUGACUUUGGCAAAGUAUGAAAAUAGCACUCGCAGCUCAACGUUUACGGUUGUUUUAAUAUUAUAUCCGCAACCGUGAUAAAUGCAAUGCAAAUCAAAAUGCAUUCCUAGUUGCAUACAAGGGGUGACCAGAUAAGCUCUUGGAAGUUAUAGGUUUCAGUUGGUAUUUUUCUCAUAUAUAUAUAGGGAUAAUAUACCAAAUGGUACCUGUGCUUGGCUUGAAGGUUGAAUGUGGUACCUGAAACUUUUUCCAAUUAGGUAACUUACUUUUAGUUGGCAUUAAUUAACAUUUGUCUGCCUAUACCUGUAUCAUUAGAAAAAUCUUGUUAUAUGAAGUUUUUUUCUUUUUAGCUCAAUUUUAUAUAAUUUAUUUUUAA